GUGUAAUGUUGUUGAAACGGUCGAAGAAAUGUGAAUAUAUGUUGUGGAGCAAAAUUAAGUUGUAUCCGAUGGUGCUGUAAUGUGCACAAAGCGUUAAACAUCUGUAGACAAAUUCUUGCGCUAACCUGCCGGAAGGUGGUCACACACCAACCCUUAGAAGUCGCCGUCGUCGUCAUCGUCGAUUGCAACUAUUGUUCAAAGUGAAAAGUCCGAAAAGUGCCACCAGUGUUUUGUGCGUUGUGUUUUCGCUAUUGUUGCGUGUGCAGAUGUGAAAUUAAUAGUGGUAUCAUCGCAAGAUAACAACUUCUUAACCCGUUCUGCUUUGCAUCUAAUCUGAACGGAUUCUUCGGAGCCAAAGAACUCAUAUUCGGCCGUUUCGCGAACCUUAGCGUGUGCGAGUCAACGCUUCAGGUCGACGUUAAAUUUCGCUUCAAAUUUACCCACGGGUCCGGACGGUUCCUGCUACACCCAAUUCCAACACCAGUCAAGGAUGUGCCAGUUCAGAGUUUUCUAGCAUCGUUCAACAGCGAAAGUCAAGUCAGAGUUCAUCAAGUCGUACGAUACAGUAUACGGAUAAAACCGCAUGGACGCCUUUUCCACGAAACGUAGGCAACAUUACGUAACUGGCGGGGAUUUUAACUCACCAAGUCCUUAUUGCAAACAAGCGCAGCGGAGAAGGAAUAUUUUUUCCGAACAAGAGGUGUUCCGCAUGCUUGCCCCCCAACUUGAUCCAUUAGCGCGGCGUCACGAUCGCCAUAAUCGGGAAGAAUGGAUAUUAUCAGAGCGCCUGGAAAUAUUAAUAUUAAUGGUAAUGACAGCGGCGGCAGCAACAGUCUGGAGCCGCUGUUACGCAGCCCUCAAGGGGCCAAAUCGAAGGACAAUAAUGGUGGGAACGCCCUCCGACAGCACAACUUUCCCGACGAUCGUCAACCACCGGGUGGAAGGAACGGUCUAAAGGGUACGCCCGGUUCGACGGCAUCGGUUGCGUCCGGCGUGACCACGCCGCAUCGCCAGAUACCACCCCAGUGCCCGUCCACCGAUUCGGGCAACAGUUCCUGUGUGAGCAGCGGUAGCAACGGUGGUGGUAGCGGUGGUAGCAGCAGUGCUGGUGGUGGUAGCUGUAGUAGUGCUAGUGCUUCCGGUGGUGGUGGUGGUGUAGUGGAUGAUCCAGAAACUCUAAACCGGCACCGACCCUCCCGAUCAUCGUCCGCAUCAUCGCUCAAGAAUCGAAAUAUUUACGUGAACAGAACCUACGAUGAUGAGACGGUAGAGGGCGGUGCCGUGCGUGCGGGUGCCGAUACCGGUUCGGCGAUUUCGGUUGCAAUCGAUGAAGGAAUUGACGUGAAUGUGUGUGUCGAUGCGGGUGGUAACGCGAGCGAGUGUGGUCCCGCGUCUAGUGACGGCAAUCCGGAAGAGGAAGAAAUAAAACCAUUGCUCGAGGUGACGCAUGAACGACGGAAGACGAAGAGCAUCGUGAAGAGCCCGUCGAGUCACAGCAUCGGUGAGAAACCGGUACGUCAGCUUAGCCUGCAGUUUUCCCAACCGGAGUCGGUAAUUGUGGCCGAACGGCCGGUCCAUCACGUGCAGUUCAGCAAUGGAAGCAGAUACGCCAAUGUUACCGGAGCAGAUGGUGGAGAACGGCCGGUACUGGGCGGUGGAACGUACGGCACCCAGCAGGGUCUCGGUACGAGCACGAUGGAACCGCACUGUUCGAGUCCGGUUGGCAGUAUCCUGUCGAAUGGUUCGGCAACCUCAACGUCCUCAUCCGGUUCGUCUUCGUCGUCGUCGUCGUCGUCGUCGAAUGAGAACAGUUCGCUGGGUGCGUACGCCGAAGCCCGCCCGCCGGAUGGUGGCUGGGGCUGGGUUGUCUGUUUUGCCUCCUUCAUGGUGAACCUAAUCGCAGACGGUGUAACGUUCAGCUUCGGCGUAAUGUACAUUGAGCUGCUGUCCUACUUUGGCGAAGGCAAGGGAAAGACCGCUUGGGUUGGAUCGUUGUUUAUGGCGAUGCCACUACUGUGCGGCCCUGUUGCAUCGUUCCUAACGGAUCGCUACGGUUGCCGGAAGGUGACGAUCAUCGGUUCGAUAAUGGCUUCGAUUGGAUUUGCGCUGUCCGCGUACGCUACCUCGAUCGAGAUGCUGUACCUGACGUUCGGCAUACUGUCCGGGUUUGGGCUAAGCCUGUGUUACGUCGCUGCGGUUGUUAUCGUUGCGUACUACUUCGACAAAAAGCGCUCCUUCGCUACGGGUCUGUCGGUGUGUGGCAGUGGCAUCGGAACAUUCGUGUUUGCCUCGUUAACGCAGGUCCUGCUGGACGAGUACGGAUGGCGCGGUACGACCCUUAUCCUUGCCGGUGUCUUCCUCAACAUGUGCCUGUGCGGGUUGCUGAUGCGCGACCUAGAAUGGACGACGCACAAGUCGAAGCAGAAGCGCCGCAAACAGCAACAGCAGCAAGCCGAUUCGGUGAGCAACAGCACGAAUACCGCUGGUGGUAAUACGAGCGUUCUGAUGGGCAACGGUGGCAUCAUCGAUGGAGUGCCGAUUGGUGGCGGUAACGGAGGACUUGCAGAUCCAGCAAACGACCAUAUCUACGAUCUGGAUGAUCCUCGACUUUUCAGCUCGCUGAUAACACUUCCGACGUUCCUGCAGAAUGGUAGCGGGCAGGAGAAGAUUACCCUGGAGGUGUUGGCUAUGCUGAGCAAGCAGCACAACAUCCACGAUCAUCAUGUGCUGCAGAGUCUACCGGUGGCACGCAUGAGCAGUUCGCGCAGCUUCAGCCAACCGCUGUCUCCGCAGAGUGGAGAAAACCUGGCAGAUCUCAAGGAGCAGGAACAGGAGCAGGAUGGCGUAAAGACAGCGGGAGCGGAAGGAGCAGCAGUAUCGACGGACGAAACCAACCACGCUGAUGAUGGGCAGGGAGCGAAGGAAAGCAAGCAGGAAGAAUUGGCAAACGAUGGCACCACGGUGCAGCCGUCGCGUCACCGAGCAGCCGGCGGUCAGCGGUCCGGUGCAAGGGGACGGAAUGGGGCUGCCACCGAUGCGGUCGGUACUACGUACGAAAAGGGCACCGCUUUGCCGCCCGUGUUCCUGCGGCGGGUGCACAGCCACAGCACACGCGGUACGGCCCCGCCGACCGCGGGGCCACCCGCCGCGACCGCUUCCUAUCUGAAGGAUCUGCGGAUGCACCGCCAUUCGCUAACGUACCGCGGUGCUAUGCUGAACAUUCAGCGCUACCGGCUGCGGGCCUCCUCCUGCCCGGACAUCUACCGCAACUCGAUGACGACGAUCGCAAAGGAGAAGUCCGCCUGGUACCAGGGCGCGGAGGAGUUCCGAACACUGCUGGUCAGUAUUCUGGACUUCUCCUACUUCUCGGACGUGCACUACCUGCUGUUUGCCAUCUCGAACUUUCUGCUCUACACGUUCUACGACGUGCCGUACGUUUACCUCGGUGACAAUGCGUCCCAGAUUGGGUUUUCCCACGCCCAAUCAUCGAUGCUGAUUUCGAUCAUCGGCAUACUGAAUAUGGUUGGCGAGGUUGUGCUCGGAUGGAUGGGUGAUCGGAAAUCGGUGAACGCCAACUAUACGUAUGCCAUCUGUAUGGCACUGUGCGGACUAGUGACUGCGCUUGUGCCACUGUUCAAAGAUUAUACGAGUCUUUCCGUAUUGGCUGGUGGAUUUGGACUGUUUAUAGCAGCAAACUAUUCGUUGACCAGUAUUAUCCUGGUGGAACUGAUCACGCUGGAGCGUUUCACCAAUGCGUACGGUUUGCUGCUUCUGGUGCAAGGUGUGGCAAAUCUUGUUGGACCCCCAUUAGCAGGCUGGAUCUCUGAUCUGACAGGGUCGUACGAUUUGGCGUUCUAUUUGGCCGGCUUUUUCAUAGUAAUUUCCGGUGCAUUGUUGCUAGUAUUGCCCAUGAUAAUGAAGGUGCGCAAAACAUUGGAGAAACGACGGCGCAGUUCCGCUCUUGUCAGUGGUGAUACCAUCAAACUCAACAAAAAGAGUUCUUCCGCCAGUUAUCAUCAGCACAACAAUAAUGUCGCAAAUAAGCCGGUCGUGCUGGAUCUGAAAACUACGUACGUCAGCAAUGGGAAACGCAUCGUCACCGGUGUUGACGCCAAGAAUGGUUCCACGCCGAACGGGGUAAGCACGGGCCUCAACGGCUUCAAGCUGCCAAUGGAAGAGGGUGCCACUGUUUAGGAUGUAAAAGGUGAUAUGAUACAUACGGAUGGCUAAUAGUAUGUAACCCGUCGUGUAAUCGGUUUCUUCCAUAACAUUGUAAGCCGGUAGCGCGAAAACUUUAUUGCGUAGUGAAUUCCUACCGAAUAACUCCAACUGUACAGCUGGGAGGACGUUUAGAUUUGGACCUGUCGCCAAUUUGGAACGAUGUAGCUUUGUUUGAGUAUUAGCCUUAAGUUUCCCUUAUUGUGCGGAUAAAAUUUGGGUGUUUGUUUGAGUUUGUUUGUUUUUAUUUCUUAUCACGAUACAUAGCUAAGGACAACAAACAGCACCCGCUAGAUGGUACCCGGGGUGGAAACAUAUACCUCAGACUUAUUCACUAAAAGUAAUUAUCAUUUUUAUGAAGAAGAUCAAGAAAUUAUUUACUUUCAUAAAGAAAUGAAGGCAAAACUGACACUAUUCUUCUUCUUUGGGUUCAUAGCAUAGAAACGUUUUAAUUAAAUGUGUCAGUAAGACUUGCCCCAUCUAGAGAUUAGCCUUCUUUUAUAUUUUAAUUACCCGUUUUUAUAACUUUUUUGUAAUACCGUUUGGUUAUACAGAACUCAGAAAACUUGUACCAGUAAUUAAAUAACACAUUUGACACUAUAGGCACCAUAUUUAUAAAAUUAUAAUCAAUAAUACACCAUAGGACAACUGAACCUGUUACUGAAACUGGCAAGUGUGUAAAGCAAGAUGUGAUUAACAAUAUUGUGGACACUGAUCAAUUGAUUUGAUGCAAAAAAACGCCCGUCACAUUGCAUGCUAGAAGUAUGCACUAUAUCGGCAGACAUCAUGAGCACGAUCAGUCGCAGAGACAGAUUAAUUGGUGGCCCCGUUCGAUUUGCUGGCGUAAACUGAGGUAUAAAAGAAAACACAAUGACCAACUUCAUAAACGAAAUUAUUCAUUUCGGGCACUGCUACUCUCAUAAUAACGUCAUCUAUACAUUGACACAAUCGUAACAUUGUUGUUGAUCCAAAGCAGUCGCGAUAGAGAUUUUUCACUAAACAAACAUUCUAUAUCAUGAACAUUGAUCGAUUGAUUGAUCCACGUAUAAUAAAGCUUUUCGAUACGAAGCCGUUCGUGGCAAAAUAUGUUUGCCGUUGAUGCUGACACAUUACAGCAAUGACACAAUUGCAAUUGUUUGCUACAAAAAAGGGAAACUUUAUGAAAUGUAUGGUAAACACACACAAAAUUGCGCAAAAAUAAAGCGUCACGUGGUGGUGGAGUGCAUGGGUUGGAGGUGGAACUGAAAAUGGAAACAAAACACUAGGUAGAAAGAGGAAAAGAAAAAAAAAUAUAUAAAUAUAUUCAUCAGCUGUGAUCACCUAGUAUAUUAACAAUUAAACUAAAGCUAGUAAAGCGAUGCUAAUUAGACACAUACAUUGUAGUCGUGUAUUGAAAGACAUAUAGCAUUCAAACCACACACACACACACAGACGGGCGAGGAAACGGUUACGAUGGUUAGGAUAGGGAAAAAGCGACCAGCAAUGAAAAGGUUUUACCGCGAGCAAAGCGGACCCGCGAGUUGGUAAAAAGACAAAGUUAGUAGAGCUUUAUUUUGUAAUAGCGUUUAAAAAAAUGCACUUCAUUGAGGAUGAAUAACAUAUAGCUGAGGAUUAUUCUAUUUCAGUUCGUUGAAAUACUUUAAGUGACAGUGAAGAGCGUUUUAAUUCAUGAAAGUGGAAGGCUACCAGUUCGAACAGGGCAAAGUAGGAAAAGUAGGGCGUGAAAGCAUUCUGGUAAACGGAAGGAAAAGAAUUCAGCGCAAAACACAAAGGGAUCAAAACUCAACCAAGAUGAGGCUAUGCUCACGGGAAACAAAAAGAAGAAAAAAACAGAGUGGUAAACUAAAUCAGGUGUACACAUUUCUGCCAAAUAAGAAGAAAGACACGAGGGUAACAGAGAGUCAAAACCAACUAUAUCAACAGAUUUAAUCGAUAUAUUUUGUAAUGUAACUAUUACACCUGUGAAAGGGAAAAACCUCCUCGAUUGUGGUGACACGGUACGACAGGUACAGGAGUGUGCAAAGAAACAAAGUUAAACUAUAUAAGUUAUAUAUGUAAGUACGUCUUGAACGGUUGAUUUAGCUUAACGUUUUUUUUUUAAAUCCAUAUCGUAAGUGGGAUGAUAUAUUUUGCACUUUUUUCGAAUGUUUGGAGAGUUAGAAAAGGGACCGCGGCCAAUUUGUGCCGCAUUGCGCGCAGACAGAAGAAUGCCUGAGAAUUGACGGCGUAGUAGCUAGAUGCAAAGCUGGGCCGAUAGUUGAAACUAACCUAAAGCGAACGGACAGGGCUCGAAACGGUAGAUGCGAGAUAAUAAUUACAUGCAUCCAUGUACGACACGUUACUCUGUAGAGCAUCAUCUAGUAAUUUGAAUUCAAAAGUGAACAUUAAACAUGCGUUGUUUCAGCGGGUUGAAACAAUUUACCGAGCGAUUCAACACAAGAAGGACACCCACAAAGGACACAGUCACGCCUCACAGGGCACCACACCAAAAUUGGGAUAAUUUUGUGAAAUGUGCAAAUGAAUUCAAAUGUAAGGCACACAACAUAAUAGAGCGCAAGACACAGUCAGUGGAGGCAAUUCCCGCACUGACAGGAAAUUUUUCCAUUUACCCAAUUUUGGAGGGAGCAAAAAUCACAGAACACGGAUUCCCAUUGCAAACAAUGGGACAAAAAUGUUAGAAACAAUUUGAAAACCCCAAUUUCACCUACAAACCACACAACAGUGCAAUGCAGCAGCGUGACUCCCCCUAUAAACAGCAAACAUUGUGCGCGUUGAGUAAAUGCACUCCGCACGUGCGCGCGCGCCCUCGUGCGGGUUGUGUUUGUGUGCGGUAAAGAGUAAUUUUCUUUCUUCUCGCUGUUAGGAACAGAUAAACAAAAGGAAACUUAUAGCAAAAAAAACAACAAAUUAUAACGUGACAGUGGAAGACAAAUCUCUAAAAUAA